AAAGCUGCAGAACCGUAUAAGUCUUGUAUGCAGGGUUCUAAGCAAAAACCACAAAGACAUUAUUUUGGAGUUAAAAGCUAUUCAAUUUCAUCUUCUGCCUGCACAAGUCUUGAUCUUACCCUCCUUCUGAUUAUUCAGGGUGUUCGAAUUCAGCACAGGAGCUUCCGGUUGCAAUCAUGACUGAGUAUUGGGUUAGCCAGGGAAACAAAUGGUGCGACUUCUGCAAGAUUUAUAUUUCAAACAAUCCUUCAAGUAUAAGAACACAUGAAGUUGGUACGCGUCACAAGGAUAGUGUCGCUAAGAGGCUCGAUACUAUGCGAAAAGACAAUGUCGCCAAGGAGAAGGAACAAAAAGAAGCAGCACGUGCUCUGGAGCAAAUCGAAGCAAAAGCUAAACGCAGCUAUCAGAAGGAUUUAGCCGCUGUUAAAGAGGUCAGGGAUUCAAAUACUCGUGCUGUAGAAGCUCAGGAGGAGAGCGUAGGCGCUGGUCGAUUUUCUUCAGCUUCCAGAGACUGGGUGCUUGAUAGUGUAUCAGGCUAUUACUACAAUCAACUGAAUGGAUAUUAUUAUGACCCGAACUCGGGCUUCUAUUACUCGGACGCAAUAGGUAAGUGGGUGACACAGGAAGAGGCGUUUGCUAUAGGAGGCUCAGCCCAACCUAAACCGAAAGGUUCACUUUCAAAGAAGCCAUUAUCAGCAGCUUCAGAAGGUGGGAGCAAAAGUAAUGGUGGACCGGCUCCUGGAUUGGUUAUUCAGGGGUCUUCUCUAAAUCCAUCAAGGUCAGUUAAAGGUGCUUCAUCGUCAGUUGCUGUCAAUAAAAGGAAGAGGCAAGAGGAAAAGAAACCGAAAGUGGUGUCUAAAGAGGAAGCAGCUGCACUUAAAGCCAGGGAAGAUGCAAAGAAACGAAUGGAAGAAAGAGAAAAACCCUUGCUGGGCCUUUACCAAAAUUAUCGACUGUAGAUUGUGGUAGAACGGGUAGAGUAGCAGUGUAUCAAUAUCAACCAGUAACCGAACUGGAGUGCGCUUAUCUGCACCAGUUCAGUCAAGUUCCUCCCUAAAUCAACAACUGUGGACAUUCAACCUAACUGUCUUUAUGUUUGUAAUUUGUUGAAUAUUCCAAAAUAGACUAGCGAAGUGAAUUCAGUGAAACUAUCUAUUGAUAAUCCUCUGCAGGUAAAGAUCUGCAUAAUCGAUCUUGCAAUAAGUAAACUAUUGAACGGAAGCUCUCUCUACAAAAUUUACGUUGCAGUUACACAACA